AUGGUCGAGUUGAAGUCCACGCCGUCAAACAGCAAGUCGAUCUCGAUGUACGCCUGCGCCGAAGUGGACAGCGUCCGCUUGGCGCGUUCGCACGCCGUACGAAGACGACGCAGAGCUCGCUGGUUCGACAACUCGACCAGACGGUGGUCGAAGUCCUCACCGCCCAAGUGCGUGUCGCCCGCCGUCGCCUUGACCUCGAAGAUCCCGUCUUCAAUAGUUAGCAGUGAGACGUCGAACGUGCCGCCUCCGAGAUCGAAGAUCAGCACGUUGUGCUCGCCUCCUUUCUUGUCGAGCCCAUAG